CCGCACAGCGCGGGCUGCCGGCCGAGGAGCAGCGGCCCCCCCGUUCCCGUAGCACCGAGCCCCGGCCGAGCCCGUAGCGAUGCGCCGGGGCAGGCCCCGCGCCGCAGCCGCAGCCGCAGGAAGGCCAGCUCACCUCUCCUGUGGGGACACCAGCACCAACGUGUAAAUGGCCUCCAAACGGCGCUCGCAGGCUGCAGGGCCCGUGAUUUUCAAGAAGCUGCCUCGUCUGGAGCCCGCCCCCAGCUUCCUGCCCAGCAAAAUCCCAGGCACAUCCAGCCCCGUGGCCCAGCCUGCCUCUGAAAACCAUUUCAGCUACAAGGGCUCCUACUUUGCCUGCCCGCUGCAGAGCCCCAAGGGCCCCGAGCAGCCCCCGGCUGGCUGGAGCCCCACGCCCACCUACCUGCACCACGGCCCCGCUGCCCUGGGCCAGCCUGUGCCGGCCGAGGGGCCCCUGCUGGGCUUCCUGCUGUACCCCCCAGAGAGCCCGGGCACCAGGCUGCAGCCCCCGGACACCCAGAGGAGCAAGGACAGCCUGAUAAGUACAGGCCACCCCCCAGCUCCCCGUUCCUGGAAGCAAGUUGUCCCUCUGCCCACAGCCAGAAGGUGCCGGAGGUCCCCAGCCUCAGCCUGGAGCCCUGGCCCAAGCUCCAGCCACCUGACGCCAGCCCAGUGAUCCAGGAGGUCAGCAAUGUGCUUCCCACCACCCCCAUACCCGCUGUCACCCCACAGACCUGGCCCCCUCUACCACUGUGCCCCAGCUCCCACUGUGGGGGAGCCCAGUGCCCUGCCCAGCUUUGGCUACGUGGGAAGCAGGGAGCCCUUUCCCAGCACCUACCUCAAGUCCCAGGAGCCCAGGAGUUUCUUUCCCAGCCCCUUGGAGCCCUACGUGCCCAGGACAGUGGGUGCCAGGCUGGGGGCAGCGCUGGGGGAUGCUGAGCCCCCCAGGGAUGCCGAGCUGCCCAGGAACAGCGGGUACCCAGGCUUUGCCCUCAGCCCGGGCGAUGCAUCCGUGUUCCACGGCUCCUUUCCCAGCACGGAGCCGGGCUGUGAGCAGCACAGGGCAGACAGCCCGCAGUGGGCAGCAGCACCGAGGCACAGCAGCGCCUUCCAGCCUGUCUGCAGCCCAGAGAGGCUUUCUGGGGGCUCCGGUGGGCUCACUGAGACAUUUCCUGAGAGAGCAGGGAGCUGGGAGAAACCCAGGCAAGGGGACAGCCCUGUGUCCCUUGGGUGUUGGAGACAGGAAUGGGACAAGCACACACCGCGCUCAUGCAGCCACAGCCAAGGUUUAUUGUCUGAAAGAUCUUUUUUAGGAGUUUCAAAUCUACUCUCAUACAAACAAAAUUGGCUAAAGAACUUAACUCUGCCCAGCUCACUGGCCAAGGAUAGCAGUGCCUCCAUGAUCCCAAGGGAUUGGCUGAGGUCCCCUGUGAUAGCUGCUGGUGCUCUAUAUACCCAUUCGGUGAUAGAUGGAUUUACGUUCUCCAAAAGGAAGGUGUCAGGAUGCCCUUUGGUCCAGGAUCAGCCUCCAGGGUUCGAUGACAUUGAUGGCAGUUUCAUCGGCUGUGGCAGCUGCUGCAAGCUAGUCGAGUUGUUGUCUGUUCAGCCAAAUUAUCUGUGUAGCAUUAGACCAGCUAUAGCAGUCACGGCCAUGUAUGCAGGGAGGAAGAACAGCAGCCUGGCCCCUCAGGACACCCCCUGUGGGGGACCAGGGGAAGGAAAUGCCUGCAAGGUCAAGGAUCCAGCCAGGGAGCUCAUCCGCCUUUCUCAAUCCGUGACCCCCAUCAAAGGGCUGGAAGAGCUGAGGGACACCAAGGCUUCCUCAUCCUCCCCACCCAUGCCUGUGAUCCACAACGUCUUCAGCCUGGCACCUUACCAGGAGUACCUGGAGAAGGCCAAGGGCACAGACCCCAUCCUGUUCUGCAAGAACCAUCAGUGGGAGGACUCCUCUCCCCAAAACACGGGUGGCAGCCAGGAGCCUGCUGCCCUCAGAGACGUCUCAGUGGUGUCCAGCCUGAGGCUGGGCACUGAUGCAGUGCAGAGCCAAGAGGAAAGCUGUUACAGGAGCAUUCCUAAAAAACCAAAGCCUGUGCCCCAAGAGCUGGAGUCUCAGGAGGGCAGGGUGGGCACUGAGGAGCCACCCCCAAAGGAAAUAGUGCUGGGAGAGAUGGCCAAAUCCCUGCCCAGCCCCAAGAACGGCUCCAAGGCUGCCAGUCCUCAGCAGGCCAGCAACGGCAAGGAGAUCUGGCUGGCUUUCCAGGACGUGGCCGCGCUCCUCAGCAAACUGCUCUCCCAGCUGAAGACCUUCACGUCCGCUUGCCCUUUCCCGCACGUGGUCCAGGCGGGAGCCAUCUUCAUCCCCAUCCACGUGGUGAAGGAGAAGCUCUUCCCAAAGCUGCCCGGCAGCUUCGUGGACCAAGUGCUGCAGAAGCACAAGGUGGAGCUGCGUCCCACCACGCUCUCCGAGGAGAAGCACCUGAGGGAGCUGGAGCUGAAGAGCUGCACCUCCCGCAUGCUGAAGCUCCUGGCCAUCAAGCGGCUUCCCGAAAUCUACCCUGACCUGCUCAACCUCCACUGGCACAGCUCCAUCCAGCAGCAGCUCGGAUGCGGAACACAUAGAAGGGAACACAACUCUGGGAGAAAUUGCACACCUGGUGAGAAUGCAAACACAAACACAGUGCUCAAUCCACAGGACAUAUGGAGCCCUGCACCACAGAGGAUACGCGGCUCCUCUCCUUGCCAAAGAGAGUCACGGGAGCUGAGGCAGCCUAAGAGCUGCCGAGGAGAGAAGGGCUCAGCAAGGUGUGAGGACAACAUUCUCAAGAACCGUGGUGAGUGAAUGGCCAAGAACUGCAAAAUGCAUUGCAUCUGUUCAGGCAUGGGGAAACAAGCUACAGAAUAGAACCGUGACGUGGAAAUGGCACACGGGAGCAGCAACCACGUGAAAACGUACACAUCAUGGAAAGAAAGCCAAACUGGAGCAGCUACCACAGAAGAAGGCUUUAUUUCACUAAAUGUAAAGAAACUAAAGCAAGGAUUACUGAGAAACUAUGAAGGAGUGCUUGUUUUAGAAGAGAAUCCAGCUGUUUGCCCUCCCUUGUUCAAAUAAACUCUAUAGCCACACUAAAACACUGAAUCAUGAACACCACAGCAUGUGUUACAGCAUAAGACAAUCAUUAUACACAGCAAGAAAGCUUUUAACAGAUCAAGAUUUAGCUAAACACUAAAGCUGUAGGAAGGGGGCUGCAUUCUCACCCUUACAGGCUGGGCAAUGGGGAUCAACAAAGUCAGAGAAUUUACUAAAGAAUAAUCAAUUCCCUUAUGAAACGUUUCCAAGUGGUCUCCGUGUCUUCUCUCUCCUUGGGUAGCUGUCCUAUGUUGAAGAAGUAGUGGAUGCACACUGGAGCUGGGAACUGCUGUGCUAGAACACCAUCCAAGUUUUCAGUCCAUUUCCCUGCCUCUCAAGGAGCAGAUUCAGUCCUUCCUUGUCUUCUUGCUCUGAUGCUCGUGUUCCUUAGGGCAGCUGCUGUCUGAUGGCCGUUUGGAACCACCGUGUUUCUUAGCUUCUUCCAGAAACUUGUCCAAACCAAAUGGAUCCUCCUCAAAUUGAACCGGUCCAUCUCUGCUCCUGCCUCUGCUGUUACGAUCCAAGUCGGAAAACUCUUUGUCAGGAACAAACCUCUUGGUCUUUAGUUGAGCCUCUAGAUCAUCUCCAUACAUGUCCUUAUCCAUACUCUUACUUGGCCUGUAGAUGUUUUGGGCCAUAUCCUUGCCACUUCUCCAUGGCUGGUCAUAAACAUUAUACAUUUCAUCCUCUCCUCCAGCAAAGCCACUGUCCAUCCCCCUGCUCUGGUUGAAGAGCCUCUGGUCAUACUGGAUUUCAUUGGAUGGCCUGCGGGUGGGUACCCCCAGGGCAAUAACCUCACUGAUAUCUCUGUUCUCAUUUCUUUGCAGCUUUGACCUCUUACCAGGAGCUGCCCGGGAAAGGUUCCUGUCGUGCUGUCUCUCCUUGCGCCGGUCGUGUCUGAUUUCAUCUCUCGCUCUAGCCUCUCCAUCCUCUUUUUCAACAGGGGUUUUGAUCCCUGCUCUUCUCUCCCUGGCUUUCUGAGCCAUUUCUCGGAGCUUUUGCUCGUGCUUCUCCUUUUCUUUCUGAGCCAUCUUCCUCUCCACCUGGGCACGCAUCUCCACUGCCUCGCGGGCCUUUCUGUCAGCAAUAUAGAGCGCCUCAGCAAGUUUGGCAAAGUUUUCAUUAAUAUGAACAGCCUGCAAUCCUCUGCCAUCUGCGGCCAGACGCUUCUCCAAGGGAACGGUGUAACCCUUCACAUUUUUCCAGUUUGAAAUGCACGGAGGAAUUUUCCACUCUUGCUGCUCUUUCACAGUUAUCUUUCUGCUUGGAGAGUGCAUUACAGGUGCUGGAGGAGAUGGUGGUCCCCGUGGAAUCUUCUUGUUAAUUUUGAAUCUUGCAGGCUCCAGAGGGUCCUUCUGCAUUUCCACCACCCGAAUAACUCUCUGCCUCGCUCCAGAGUUGAACGCAGCUCCUUGCUGACAUGGUGUGUACCGAAUGUACUGUGCAGGAGCUGCCUUCUCAGCAGCUCCAACUGGCAUGGCUGCUGCAACUUUUUGGGACACUAAUUUCUCCAAGGCUGCUCUUGUCUUCUUUGUUAUCUCUCUAACUGCGUUCUCAUCUGGUCUCUGCAGUUCAGGAUCAUCCACAUUCAUGACCUCUUUUGGCACAAGAUCUGUGUACUUGCUGUAAAUGACCUUGUCCUUUGACUGUCCUUGUCGAGCAAUUGCAUCGUAUUUUAUUUUCCCUUCUGCAUCCACCUGAAGAGCCAAAGCAUUGGACAUUUUCUUCUUUCGGCCCAUAUCCAAUGGAUAUUGGGCCACGUGAAUUUCUGGGAAGGCGCCCCCAUCUCCAAAAUCCUCCAGCGCCCGCGGUAUCCAUCCUUUCCGGUAACCAUAUGGGGGAGGUUCCCUUUGUGAGGAAACCAGAGCAGUCUGCCUGCAUCUCUGAGCUCCUGCUCUUUCUUCUGCUUCUAGCUGAUCUUGGCAAAGCUGGGUUGGAGCUGGCAAGAAACUGGUGAGCACCAUCUUGACCACGCACGCUGUCCGCUCUGCCCCACGCCUGGCCUGUGACUUUCCUCUUCUGACAAGAUUAUUUGCAGCAAUGAGUUUAAAGUUCUUAUCUAAGUCCUAUCACUUUGAAUUUUAUCUGCAGCGGUUCUUCAGAGCUUAGAAAUAAUUAGACCACAAAAAAAAAAAAAAAAAAAAAGAAAAAGAAAAAAAAAAAGAAAAAAAAAACACCAAACCUGCUGCUCCAGCAGACACAGAAUACAGCCUGACACCCUGUGGGUCAGGGUGGUGGCAGCAGUCUGAAUCAAUGGUGGCUGCACUUCUCCUGCAGGGACAGGGGCUGUUCUGUGUGAGCAGAUCCUGCAGAAGGAUGGAGUUUUCCUCUAGAGGUCCACUGGUGAAGUAGAAGGGUCUGUUCUUCCUCUGGGAAUCCAGUGGAAAAGGUGGCUGUGGUGUUUGAAGUCUCAGAUUAUAUCCAGGCAGGAAUGCUUGGCUCCUCCCCCUGGGCGGAGCAUCUAACAAUGGGAUGAUGGAAUUUUAUCAGCCAUGCAGGGACACUCAAUGGCCCUUUUAGGAUAAUGGAAUUUUAUCAGCCAUGCAGGAACACUCAAUGGCCCUUUAACAGGAGAUAUCUCCCUUUCAGGGAGAAUGGGUCUUGGAAGAGAUAAAGAACCCUGCCCCACCAGGUUUUAACAGAUGGUGGCAGAAUACACCUGGUUACAUCUUGCAUUGCAAUCUGAGACAGUUUAAUAUUUUCUAGACUGUAAGAUAUAGAGUUGUUUUCUUGUAAGAGGUAAGAGGAACCCGACUAGAACAGCUCUGAUGAAACACUGAUAAACACCUGUUUGUGGAUAAAGAAGAUACAGUGUAUUCACCCUUGAUUUUGUCAAGGAUUCUAUUGCUUGUUACGAUCUUUGUUACAACUGCUGUUUUGUUUUCCACAGAUAACACAGUGAGAGCCUGUGAUGAUUUUACUUUAUGGCUGUUAUCGAUUUUAAGCUGUUUUAGCAUUUUCCUUCGUUUCAUUUUGCUGUCAUAAGUAAAUGACUCUUUAGAAAAGUAUUAUCUCAACUUCUAGACAGCAUUACCAAUGAUAUAUUGAUUACAUGAUGUGAAUUUACUGAUCUUAUGAUAGGCAUUAUUCAUAGGAUGCUAUUAGAGUAUUUAUAGCCAGCUUCUUCUAUGCUUUAACAUCUCUUUGUGUAAUUAUCUAAAAGACGUGUGUUAUUUCGGGACCCUUCCUUCUUGUUCUCUAGCUCUUUAUGCAUCUCUUAGAUCAGGUUAGCUCUCUGGCUAGUCCCUGCACUGGCUCUGUGGUUUGAUCCAAUGAUGUCUCAUAAUUUUCAGUAUUUUUCCGAGUUCCAAGAAAAGACAUCUGAGCUUCAUUGCAAGUCUCCUCUGAACUGCUGGAUCUUGUGGUUUUUCCCAGUUAUUAUUACAGAAACACUUCAGCAGUUUGCAUCUCUGUCCUGAAGGAAACUUUGGAGGGAUACAGCUACUAGAUGCUAUGUUUUAUAUACUGCUAGAUGCAGAAUUUCAGAGAUUCCUAAUUACCCAAUUUCACAUGGAUUAUUAAUUAUGUGUACUAUCUGAAAUAUUCUUAAUUUGUGUACAUGGCUUAUUCCUGAUUGCUCUCUGUUCAUUUUCACUACAUGUAUUCUUUUGCCUUGAUGUUUCCUCAUGCUCAGAACCAAACACAAGCUUCUCAUUAACACCAAAAAAAGGAAAAAAAGGGGGGAUUUAGUGCUUUAAGGACAUCCAAAUAAUGUAAUACAUACAUUAGAAAUUUAGACAACAAAUCAUUAUUAAUAUUGCAAUAUUUAGCUAAGAAAUUUGGAAAAAAUAACUUCAAAUCUAGAUCCCAAUUGAGUGUGCAACAGCAAAGCUUAAUUGAUUCAUUGACUUCAAGAGAGGACAUGCUUGUGUCUUACCAUCACAAGGGUCCAAGUGGUCACCUCUUUGUUCGAUCAAUCACCAACUGCCUCUGAGAAAAUGAGGCCCAGCAGAAAGAGAAAGAACCCAAUCACCCUGCAGCCUUCAUGGCCAGAGCAGGAACAGAAGUUCAACUGCCAGGACAGAGCUGUGUCUGCAAACUUACAGAAGCAAUUUUGCCUUAUGUCACCAUCAUGGUACAGUGUUCCUAUUAAUCUUCUCCAGCUAUUCCCUGUUCCAGGACCCAGGAAGACAUUCAGGGAUGUCAAACAUCAGCAUUACCACCUCAUCAGCUUCCUCCUGAGUCUCAACAACUUGGACUUUAAACAAUGGUACGAGAACAACUGGUUCAAGGACACAGAGCCAUCCAUGAGCCCUUGCAAGACCCCAGUACUUGUUAUAAAAUAAGAAACCUAGCAAGUGGAGCUUACUCCAUGACCUGUGAAAAAUUAACUCUGUGAUGGAGAGCAUGGGCACCCUCCAGCCUAGAGUGCCUUUCCUACAAGGAUACCUGCCUCCUGGGAAAGCCUGUUUGUGGAGCUCAAACAUUAUUUUGUCACUAUUCCAUUGCACCCAGACCACACCCCAAAGUUGGAUUUUGCAGAGCCUUCUGUGAAUAACACAGCACCAGUGCCACGUUACCAACGGUGAGUUCUUCCCCAAGGCACGACAAACAGCUCUGCAGUCUGCCAAGGGUGCAUGGCACAGGCACUCUCAGCAGGGAGAGAACAAUUGCCAGAAUGUGCUCACUACAUGGAUGACAUUUUGACUGCAACCCUGUUGUGAUAGGUAAAAGAAUCAUGAAAGAAAGGCCUCAUAAAAACAGGCCUUGAAUUACCAGCUAGCCUGUCACUUCCUCUAAGUGCAGCUCAGCAGCCAGCUCAGUUCCCAUGUGAAAACACUUUGAGAAAGAGAAUCUGCAUUCAACUAUCUAUUGGUGUGGGUAAUCACAGCAAACUAUUUUUUUGGGGGGAAAAAUAAAUGGCCCUUGCAUAAACAAUAGAUCUAUCCCAUCAGAAUCAGUGAAGAAGAUAUGUAAACAAUUGAAGAAUAAAGAGAUUUGAUGGACAAGAAAAAUACCUUUUACAAACCAAUAAAAUAAUUGGCAAACAAG